GUUUGUGAUAUUGGCCAGGGUUUGCGAUCCGAAAACUCAGGAGGUGGUGACGAGGUUUCUGCACAUGCCAGUGUGCAACAUUGGCACAGCAGAGAACCUCUUUGAGUCACUGAACACAGUGCUAAGUGACAGAAAAAUUGACUGGAGAAACGUUGUGGCAUUUAAUAGUGAUAAUGCCAAUGUCAUGAAGGGGAAGCACAAUUCUGUUGUCAGCAGAAUCAAAGACAUGCAGCCAUCCCUAAUUGACAUGGGAUGCAUCUGUCAUCUGGUCCAGCUGGCCACAGGAUGGGGCAUUAAGGCUCUACACCAGCCUAUUGAAGACAUCCUCAUCAGUAUAUAUGCUCACUUUGACAUCAGAGAGUUUGUGGAGUUCGCAGACUCAGAAACUCUGAAGAUACUCCGAUACUGUGCAACCAGGUGGCUCAGCCUGCUGACUUGCAUAAACCGGGUGCUCAACCAGUGGGAUGCACUGCAGGCAUAUUUUGCCAGUCAAGAGGAUGUGGAGAAGCCUGGCAAGGUGAAGAUGCUGGCUGAGCAUUUAACCAGCAAGAAGACAAAGUUCUUCUUCCUCUUCCUCUCCCAGGCUCUGACACCACUGGCAGAGUUCAAUGUUAUGUUUCAGGCUGAAGGAGUGAUGGUUCAUCGGCUGCACCGGGAGAUGACCAGCCUGGUGAAAAGAAUAAUGGGAAGAUUUCUCCCUGCCGGCCUUAUUGCUGAUGUCCCACUGAAGGACAUCAAGUUCAAGGAUGCCAGCCUACAGUUGCCAGACAGCGAACUCUUUCUUGGAGAAGCUGAACAAAAUUUCUUGGAGGACAACAUGGAUGAACUUUCCUCCUCUGUCCCAAUGAUGAUGAAGUAA